CAAAAAACCCAGUUACCCUGUGCAGCUCUAAUGCAAAGACAUACUCCCGAAGCCUCAACAGUCAACGCAGGUGGAUAUAACUGUUAUAUUUUCUCCACGUGCCAUGAAGAACCUUCUCCCCAAGCUGUGGAUCUUCAUCGCUCCAGUUGUCUUCCUCCCUUCGCUCGUCGCCGAGGAUUAUUACAUCACAUGGAGACCGGAUUUAUGGCCAAAAGACGACAAAAACUACCAGUGCAUGGACAUUCCCGAGGACCUGAGGUUGUGUUUUAAUGUGGGCUACCACCAAAUGCUGCUUCCCAAUUUGCUGGAGCAUGAAACCAUAACUGAGGUGAAGCAGCAAGCGGGCAGCUGGGUUCCUCUGGUGCACAAAGCCUGUCACCCCGGCACGCAAGUGUUCCUCUGCUCGCUCUUCGCCCCCGUGUGCCUCGAGAGACCCAUAUAUCCGUGCCGCUGGCUGUGCGAGGCCGUCCGGGACAGUUGUACCCCUAUAAUGCAGGCGUUUGGGUUCCCUUGGCCUGAAAUGCUCAACUGUGACAAGUUUCCCCUGGGCGACGUGUGCAUUUCUAUGAACACCACCAGCAGCAAUGAUACGGAUACAUCUCCAGGUGCCACUUCUGUGUGUCCACCAUGUGACAAUGAGAUGAACACCGAUGGAAUUCUGGAACACAUGUGUGCCAGUGAAUUUGCAAUCAAGACGAAGAUUAAGGAAGUCAAAAUAGACAACUUAGAUCGAAAAGUCUUUCUGAAAAACAAGAGGAAGGCGGUGAAGCUUGGAACUCUGAAUAAGCAGGACCUUAAGAAGCUUGUGCUUUACCUGAAAAACGGAGCAGACUGUCCAUGCCAACAACUGGAAAACCGAGCGAGCAACUAUUUAAUCAUGGGCCGGAGUGUGGGGAAACAGUAUAUAUUGACAGGCAUUCAUAAGUGGGACAAAUCUAGCAAAGAAUUUAAGACGGCCCUUAAAAAACUUAAAAGCCUCAAAUGUUCAGCUUUUGAGACAAUGUUUAAGUGAUUUUUGAUCAACUGGUUACUAAUCUUUGUGAACAUCCCAUUAUAACAUAUUACUUUUUGCAUUACAGUACAGUAUAUAAAGGAACCAAAGAGGCCACAAUCCAGCUUGCAAUUUAGUUCAGAUUUUAAAAUAUUGUUGAACAUUUCUAACCAAUCC